AUGAGCACAGUGUCUGAGUCAGUGGUGGGCAGCACCAGGUCUCUGUCCGCAGCCAAGAGACACAAAAGUAUCAGGAAGAACUCCAGGAGGAUUUAUUCUGCCUACCAGGACAACCAGGGCUCCUCAGAUGAUCAGGACAAAGAGGAUGAGCGGGCGGACAGCAACGACCCGGAGGAGAUGUUCCAGAACAUUCAGUACCAGAAGGAGAUCAUCGCCAACAUCCGGACCAGACCCUGGCCAAUGAGACGCAAGCUCAAAGUCCUUAAGCAGGCCAGAGAGAUCGUUCUGAAGUACGAGGGCCGCCUGACCAGAACCCGAGGGUACCAGACUGCAGGAGCUGACCUGCUGAAGAAACUUUCACGUGUACUUUACAACAUUUUGGUUCUGUUCAUUCCCUGGGAAGUUAGGAUUAAGAAAAUCGAAAGCCACUUUGGGUCGGGCGUGGCCUCCUACUUCAUUUUCCUCCGCUGGCUGUUCGGGAUCAACAUCGUCCUCACCAUCAUGACCGGAGCCUUCAUCGUGCUGCCAGAGCUGCUGGCUGGAGCUCCGUUUGGAACAACGAGGAGUAAAACUAUCCCCAAGGAGCAUCUGGCUUCAGCCCAAGACCUGGACACCAUCUGGUCUCUCGGGGGCUACCUGCAGUACUCCGUGUUAUUCUAUGGUUACUAUGGCAGACUGAGGAAGAUUGGCAGUGCGGGGUACCGGUUGCCCCUCGCCUACUUCCUGGUUGGGAUGGCGGUCUUUGCCUACAGUUUCGUCGUCCUGUUAAGAAAAAUGGCUAAGAACUCUCGUCUGAGCCUGGCCAGCGCCUCCGAUGAGAACUUCACGUUCUGCUGGAGGGUGUUCUGUGCCUGGGACUACCUGAUCGGGAACCCUGAGGCUGCAGAGAGCAAAGGAGCCGCCAUCGUCAACAACAUCCGGGAAGCCAUUGUUGAGGAGCAGGAAAAGAAGAAGGAUACCAGUCUGGCAGUUCUGAUCAGUCUGCGGAUCCUCGCCAACAUCCUGGUCCUUCUGUCUCUGGCCGGCAGCAUCUACAUCAUCUACUUUGUGGUGGACCGCUCUCAGAAACUGGAGCAGGAGAAGCCGGAGCUGACGCUGUGGGAGAAGAACGAGGUGAGUGUGGUGGUGUCUCUCAUCACGAUGAUCGCUCCGUCUGCCUUUGAGCUGGUGGCUCAGCUGGAGAUGUACCACCCCCGAACCUCGCUGCGCUUCCAGCUGGCCAGAGUGCUAGUUUUAUACCUGGGGAAUCUCUACAGCCUCAUCAUUGCCCUCCUUGAUAAGGUCAACAGUAUGAGCUCUGCUAUCCCGCUGAGUCCAGGGAACUGGUCUGAGUCCAGCUCCUUCCUGGCCACCAUCUCUCAGCCGGAGGGGAACAGCCUCUCCACCCUGGUCUCUGAGAUCUCCGUCUCUGAACAUCGCAACAUCACCAUAGCAACCAUAGCAACCAUUGCCACGGUGCUGGAUGUUAGGAACACUAGCACCAGCGGCUCAGGGGUCAUCUCCAACCAGACGUCUCUGUUUGAGAAGAACAUCCGCUCUCAGCAGGACCCCUGCUGGGAGACCUAUGUUGGACAGGAGAUGCUGAAGCUGUCCAUCAUCGACAUGAUCUUCACGGUGGCCAGCAUCCUGCUCAUUGACUUCAUCAGAGGUCUGGUGGUCCGCUACCUCAGUGACUGCUGCUGCUGGGAUUUAGAGAGCAAGUUUCCUGAAUAUGGAGAGUUCAAAAUAGCAGAGAAUGUUUUGCAUCUGAUUUAUAACCAAGGGAUGAUCUGGAUGGGAGCAUUUUUCUCCCCCUGUCUCCCUGCCUUUAACGUGUUGAAGCUGAUUGGUCUGAUGUAUCUGAGGAGCUGGGCCGUGCUCACCUGCAAUGUCCCCCACCAGCAGGUGUUCCGAGCCUCCAGAUCAAACAAUUUCUACGUGGCCAUGCUGCUGUUCAUGCUGUUUCUGUGUAUGCUGCCCACCAUCUUUGCCAUAGUGAGGUACAGACCGUCCCAGCACUGCGGACCAUUCAGUGGUCAAGAGAAGAUUUAUGACAUAAUCUCUGAGACGGUGGCCAAUGACUUCCCGCUGUGGUUCAGUAAAGUGAUGAGUUACGUCACCAGCCCUGUUGUAGUGCUGCCUGCACUGCUGCUGCUGUUCAUGCUGAUAUAUUAUCUCCAGGCCAUAGCCAGAUCCCUCAAAUUCACCAACAACCAGCUGAGGAUGCAGCUGCAGACGGAACGGACCGAGGACAAGAAGAAGGUCUUCCAGUUGGCUGCAGCGAGACUGCAGGCUCCAGAGGCCGACAAGAAGCCGGAUCAGCAGGAGAGCGACGUCACCAGCCAGGAGGUCUCCAUCCACACUCCAUCACCCCGGCGGAACGGCAGCAUCACAGACUUUAACUCUCCUGUUCACCGUGGUAACAGCAUCCGCACCAUCACCCAGUCAGCGUCCCGGGCGGAGCUGAGCAGAGGGGGUGUGGCGGGGUCCGUCCGGAGUCCAGCAGUCACCAUCCUGCCCAAACACAGACCGCCGGAGCACACCCCCAGCAGGCCCCCACCCUUUCUUGGUGGUCCUAGUGGUUCCUGCAGGUCCAAGUCCUACCACCACAUGGCCUGCAGUCCCCCAGCUCGCUAUUCUGACCACAUCCAAUCUGACCCCCUGUACAGGAAGACCCUCCGCUCCAUACAUCCGAUGGAGGCGGCAGGCAUCAUCUCAGCUCAGAGUUAUGGGGGGCGGCGCGGCCACACCACCCGCUACGUGAUCGUCAACGAACACGACCCCAGGAAGAAGCUGCUGCGCUCGGCCACACGGAUCCCUCGCCACUUCCUCAUGGAGGAGCCCGCAGAGAUCCUGGAGCUUUACCCGCGCAACAUCAAACGCUACGCCCCCCGCAGCGCUCACCACCAACCACACCCUCACCGCUCACACCCAUCACAGCAGCAUCUCAGUGAAGAGGAGGAAGAGGAGGAGGAUGGGAAAGGAAAAAGAAGGAUAUCGUUGGGGAAGGCUCAUCGGCCCAGAUCCCUCUCUGACCUGCACCAGCCUGCACACUUCUACAUCGGGGACCGCGGGGAGAGACACGGGUCUAAAGACAGCCGAGGAAGAUAUGGAGUGCAUGAAGAGGAUGAAGAGGAGGAUGGUGAGGAAGAAAUAGACUGGGGAGAUUUAGAGCCACACUCCCGGUCUCAGAGCAGUGUGAGAGGAGCAGACUCUGUUCUGGUGCGAAACAGGCGUCACAUCCACUCCCCAGGAAGACCCUGUCCCUCCCCGGUCAGGAGCAGGCCCAUGGAGUCUCAUGUGAAACCCAAGACCAGACCGAAGCUGGAGCCCCCUCUGACCGAGUCGGACUCGGCCUCGCUGGCCUCCAGCAGCGACCAGCAGAACAGCAGCACUGACCAGUACAUCCAGGUCAUCCACAACAAGGACCACUAUCUCAAGUCAGAGGCCAGGCAGGGAAAGCAGGCCAAAAAGAAGUCCAAAACCAGCUUUGAUCUGAAUGUCACUGAGUCAAAGGACCUGGUCUAUUCCAAUGUAUGA